AUGGAGUCUUGUUCAUUGUACUCAUCGAGCAGCAGUGAGAAAUGCAAGUUGACAGCAGUAGUUCCUUCUGGUCCUCAAAUGCAAGUUGACAGCAGUAGUUCCUUCUGGUCCUCACCUCGCAGGAGUCAAAUGCGGCUCCAAAGCCGGAGAUCACAAUCCCGAGAUGAUCUUAGUUUGUCGCUCGCUGAAUCACACAUACUCAAAAUGGUGGGAGAAAACGCUUUUUUGGUACGAAUCUAA